AUGAAGAUUGUAACCUGGAACAUAAAUGGUAUCAGGACUUUUAAGAAUGGAAUUAAGAAGGCCCUUGAUUCGUUUGAUGCGGAUAUUAUCUGUGUUCAAGAGACAAAAGUUACACGAGACCUGCUGGAUGAGAGAACUGCCAUUGUUGAUGGAUAUAACUCUUACUUCAGCUUCAGCCGAGGGAGAAGCGGCUACUCAGGAGUUGCAACCUACUGUAAAGAUAGUGCCACUCCAUUUGCUGCGGAGGAGGGAUUGACGGGACUCCUGACCAAUCAUGGAGAGGCAGUCAGCUGCUAUGGGGACCUAAAAGAGUUCUCCUCAGAGGAACUGCAGUUACUAGACAAUGAAGGAAGGGCGGUCAUCACUCAACACAGAGUCACGGGAACAGAUGGACCAGAAACACUGGCUAUUCUGAAUGUCUAUUGUCCUCGGGCAGACCCAGAGAAGCCAGAGAGGAAGACGUUUAAACUGCAGUUCUACAAGCUGCUCCAGAACAGGGCUGAGGCCAUUCUGGGAGCUGGAAGUCACGUGAUCGUCCUGGGAGAUAUCAACACAUCACAUCGGCCCAUAGACCACUGUGAUCCAGACGAUAUUGACAACUUUGAGGACAAUCCUGCAAGGACAUGGCUUAACAGCUUCCUGUGUGGUAGCACAGAUGUAGAAGAUAAAGACUGUGAUAAGGACAAUGAGGACGAGAAUUUGGAGAUUCUCCAGAAAUCACUUAGAGGCGGUCAGUUUAUCGACACCUUCCGGCAUUUCCAUCCCACCCGUACCAACGCCUUCACGUGCUGGUCCACUCUCACAGGUGCCAGGCAGACCAAUUAUGGCACCCGUAUUGACUACAUAUUUGCCAACAGUUCUCUAGUUUUACAGUAUUUCCUCGCCGUGGACAUCAUGCCCGAGGUCGAGGGCUCUGAUCAUUGCCCCGUGUGGGCACAGCUCAGAUGUGCUCUCCUGCCCAGUCCGAGAUGCCCGCGUCUCUGCACCCGCCACAUGCCAGAGUUUGUUGGCAGGCAGCAAAAGCUUUCACGGUUCCUGGUCAAAGUGGGUGAACAACAGACCGAGUCCAAUACUGUUAAAGAUGCCCUGCCUGGUUCCCAGGAGAGCGGGGAGAUCAGGGAGAACCUGAAUCCUCUUGGUUCUGUUGUCGGUGCUGGAAAGAAAAGGGCUCCCGAGGGAGCAUCUGAGUCAUCUGCUCCGAAAGGUAAAAGGAGCAAACAGGUUAAGACAGCUGUGACAAAACCCCAGGGCAGUCUCCUUGCCUUUUUCAAACCUAAACCAAACCCUGUGGCGCCCUCCAGACCUGACCAGUCGAUAGUAGAGCAGGAGAGCAAAGCCGAAGACGCUCAGGUCGACCGAGAUGGAGAUGCUGGUGGUCGAGAUUUCUCCGCUCCCGACAGAGAAACAGUCAGUGUCCACGCCAUGAGGGAGGACUGGGUUGUGUCCAAUGACACGCAAUCACACACUGAAGGUUACAGCAACGGUCAAAACAGCGCUACUCCAAUUGAAGAGGUUGGAGAUACCAAAAAGGGGAUGCGCCCAGACUUUUGGAAGACGGUUUUGCACGGACCACCUCCGCCACCAUUGUGUAAGACACACCAGGAGCCUUGUGUGCUUCGUACGGUUAAAAAACCAGGGCCGAACCUGGGCCGACAGUUUUUUGUAUGUGCUCGUCCACAAGGCCACGCCUCCAACCCUCAGGCCAGGUGUAACUUCUUUGCCUGGGUGGACAAAGGAAAGUGA